GAACAUUCAGGGAAAUCGUCCUCAGAUGGCGCUUGUUCGCUGACAUCCCGUAAACAUUUGAAACUGACGCAGCCGCCGAAGCCCCGUUUUUCACGAUUUUUUAGCCGAUCGCGAAAUGAGAAGUCUGCUCCGAUCGCGCGUAUCAUCGACACCAAGGGACGCUUGAGCGGUACCGUGCCGCUUUUCGUCGCUUCUCUCGGCGGUGGGACAGCUACCGCCGCUGCCGUUUGCUGCCGAAAACAAUAUGGCCGCGGCGAAUAAACAGUUUUUUGUUUACGACCGUCGGAAAAGCAAUGCCCCGGCGCUGGCAAUUCCCGUGGGACAAAGGGACAACUACCUGGACCUGAGAGCACGCGUGAUGAAGCAAUAUGGCAUAUCACAAAGUGAGACUUUUGUCAUUUGCACCACGAACAGAGAAGAGAUCAACAAUGCAACCUAUGAUCAACUGGAAGGAGGAGAGACACUAUAUGUGCUCAAGAACAUCGACCAGGAGCUUACAGGACAGACAUUUCAGAAGGUCCAGUACCUCCCUCAUUAUGACACCAUCAUCAAGUCUGGGAUGUACGAGUACUAUGCCUCCGAGGGACAUAAUCCACUUCCCUAUGCCUUUGCGGAGCUCAUCGACAACUCUCUGGCAGCCACCAAGCACAACAUGGGCAGCCGCAGGAUCGAGCUGAAACUGUUCCUGGACGACAGAGAGUCGAUGACGAUGGAGAAGAGCACGAUCCUGGUGAUGGACAACGGCAAGGGCAUGACUUCCUGGCAGCUGAACAACUGGGCCAUCUACAGACUCUCCAAGUUCAUCCGCAAGGAUAAGACGCUGCACAACAGCGAGAAAGACGACAAGUCUCCCGAAACCCUCGGCCACAAGCCGAGGUUCCUGAACAGUGAGAUCUCCUACUUUGGGGCUGGUGGCAAGCAGGCCAUUUUCUUCAUUGGCAACUCCACGAGGAUGAUCACCAAGCCGAAGGACUCGAAGGAUGUUCACGAACUCGUCAUUUCCAAGGACGAGUUUGAAAAGAGGGAGAAGCAGAAGGACCUCAUCUACUCUGGGAAGAUCCUGAACCGAAAACCCGGGGACUGCAGCCACAUCUCGGCCGACGAAGAGGGCAUCCGCAAGGUGAUUGCGGAGGAAGUGGGCAAGGACCAGUUUACCUGCGUGGUGAUCUGGGGCGUGUCCAGCGAGCACGUCCAGUUCCUCAAGCACCACUUCAACACCUGGUGCACCCAGCUGGCGCACAUCUACCACUACUACCUUCAUGGCCCGGAAGGAAACCAACUUUCCGAGGACACAAACGGUCGGACCCCCUCGCCUUAUCGGAAUCUCGACAUUGAGGUGAGCCUCGAGAUGAACAGCGGCCUGCACAAGAUCGCCAACCUGCGGGACAUUGAUACGGACCUGGAGACGCUGCUGAUCCGGAGCGCCUCGGACAUGUUUGACUUCAAGGCCACCGUGGACGGGACUCGGGUGGUGGAGGGCCAGCUGCGCUACCACCCGUUCCUCUACGACCACGAGACCUUCCCCGUAGAGUCUGCCGACCGCAAGGUGAACCCGGACGGCGACGAGGAGGAAGACGUGUUGACAACGUCGAACCUGAAGCCCGCCCGUGGCCAGAGGCCCGUCUUCGAGUGCUUCUGGAACGGGCGGCUCAUACCGUACACCACCAUAGACGAGUUUGACUGGUGCGGCGUGCCCAAGAAGACCAGGAAUGUGCCCAUCGAGUGCUUCAACAGGAUUUCGGGUGUCCUGUGGACGGAUGAUGCUUUUCAAGUGAGCACCAACAAGCUCACUUUCAUGGAUCUGGAGAAUAAGCUGAGGGAGAAGAACACCAUCUUUGCUCGCGUCUGCAACGGCCAGGUGGUGCGCAUGAGCAUCGAGAAGCAGUUCCUGGAGUGGCUGCAGAUGUGCCACGAGCAGAGCGACAAGCAGGUCAAGUUCCUCGGCUACCAGGAGACGGUGAGCCGCAAGGACACCCAGAAGUACAAGCAGCACCCUUGGGCCGUCUUCAGCGCCAUCGAGUGGGACGGCAAGCGCUUCAUGAAGGGACAGCUGAUUCGUACGCUGCGCACCAACCCGAUCAUCAUCGGCACCAUCAGGAGGUUCUAUCUGUACGGCGACUAUGUGGACUCUGUCUAUGCAACUGGAGGGGAGGUGGAGAUACUCCAGGAACCCAGGUCGAUGUACGACGAAGUGAAGAUUCUACCGCUGGCCAAGCUAGACCGGAAGGUGACCGACAGCGUCCUCCAGAAGAUCAUCGAGGACGAAGAGGGAAAGCUUCCUUCCAAAUUGGACGUCACGUGGCCCGAAGGAGACGAGCUGAAAGCGAACGAAAAGCGGCCGGCGGGCAAAGCGAUCGGCGACGUCAAGGUGGAGAUCAGGAACAAGAAGGGCGAGGUCGUGAGCAAGCUGCCGGGGCCGCAGAACAAGCGCCUGAGCGUCGAGAUGAAGAUCGUCUGGCACUCUCCGUCGGGAGACCAAGUGGUUGCGCAGUACGUCUCCCCGCACAACAAGAACUGGGGCUACUGGUUCCGGAAGAUGGAGAACGUCCAGAACUUGGGACCCCACACGCUGACCCUGCAGGCCAUGCUCAACGACUCUACAUCCAUCUGUUCUGGGAAGGAGCUCCCGUCGCACAAGCUUCGCUUUGUUGUCACAGAGGCGGCCCCGGACAAGUUCAACGUGGGCUAUCUGGAGGGCCCGUUCCGCGUUGGCACUCCCUUCCAGAUCCCUCUCGACUUUCUCGACAAGUUUGGGAACGCAACCAAGCCGUCGAGUGACCUCAAGCCUGAGCUCAAAGCCAACGGACUGGACUUGACGUACGACAAUGCCCAACCCAAGGGCAACUCGCUCAUCCUUAAGGGCAUCGUGGCGAAAGGGAUUGUGGAGUCCAACUCCGGAAAGAGUUUCACCUUGACAGUGAAGAUCCCGGGGCUGGAAGAGAACACUCAGACCCUCAAGAUACGUCUGCUUCCGGGUCCGGCGUACGAGCUGCAAGUCCUCCCUGAAGUGGAAGACCAGCUCCAGUUUGAAAACGGUUCCUCGCCGGUCUUUGAAGUGGCCGUGCUUGACAUGGCAGGGAACUACACCUGUGAACCGAAGUUCACGGUCCUCUGCAAGUUCCAGGCCCCCCGCCAGUCGGGGCUCCCCACGUACACGGCGGACCUUUCCAACAGCUGCAAGGGCACCAUCACGGGACCUGCCCUCAACCUGCGUCAGGUGCAGAAAGAGGAGAGGGUCGUGGCCAAGUUCGAAGUCCAGAACAACAAGAGCAUCGGGCACGUGGAGAGGGUUCUAACGAUGCUUCCGAGCCACCAGGCGGCCUCUCUCUACCUCUGCUGCACCGGAGAGGACGGGGAGGAGAUGGAGCUCGAGAAUGGGCGAGACCUCUCCUGGGUCGCAGGAGACACCAUCACAGGACUCAGGUUUGAGGUCCGGGACGAAAUCGGAAAGCCCGUGACCCUGACGAACAGCGUUGUGUCCAAGCUGAAGCUGAACUGGGCCUCCAACCUGUCCAAGGAGGAGCUGCUAACGGGGACGCUGCCAGACAUCAUGUGCCCCUCGUCCAUCAAGCAGAGCCUCUUUUGCCACAUCUCCAUCAACACGGGACACGUGGUUGACUUCUCCUUCACCAUCAAGCCCAAGACUGGGGAGCCCUCCAUCCUGAAAGUGGCCUGCAAGGGCACCACGGACGUCCGCAUAGGGGAGGUUCACCAAGCCGACAUCUUGAUCAGCAUCACCGACAAGUUCCAGAACCCCAUCAAAAAGCUGCUCCUGAAAGACCUUGCCGAGCUGCUCAUCAUAUCUGACGGACUCGACUACGGCGACGUGGUCAAAUCUCUGGACCAGAGUUGCGGCUUCCACGUGACGGGCCUCAAGUUCAUGGACACCAAGCUGGGCAGUAAGGAGGUGUGCUUCCAGUGGAAGGGCCUCAAGGACUACCUCCGGCUCCACCUGGUCCCCGGGGUCCCAGCCACCCUCGCCUACGUGGACUACAACCCCAGCGAGCCGGUCACGGUGAGCCCGGACGGCAAGCUCCCAAGGCCGUUGGUCGUGCAGCUCCAGGAUGCCAGGGGCAACCCUACGAACGAGCCCAACGUCAAAGUUCACCUGGGGAUCGACGAAGCCAUGAAGGCGACACCCCCGCAGCCGCCGGAAGACCGACAGCAAGGGGAGGGCUUCUUUCGGCGUCCUGACCCCUCCACCAAGUCACGGGUCACUCCGAAGCCGUGCGAGUUCAACAUCUGUUCGACGAACUGCCGGGGCCGCUUCACGCUGGGCACCAAGGCGGCCAUUGGGCGGAGCUUCAUCAACGGCCCCGUGCUCCGGCUCCACCUGACCUGCGACCCCGAGAAGCCCGUGGAACUGAACGUCGACUUCAAGGGCAAGAAGACCUUCACCGUCGCCGAGGAGCUGCCAGAAAUUGCAGUUCACGUGCUUGCUGAGGACGGGAACAUCAUGUGCUCGCUUAGAGGGAAGGAGCUGAGCAUGAAGCUGCUGCGCAUCGAUUGCUCGCCCAAGAAUCAAAAGACGUUCACUGCCAAUCCAGCCGAGUCAACAUCCUCUGGCGGGAUUUAUCAUUUCAGGAAAGUGAAAGUUCCCGAGGCAGCUGGGGAGUACAACCUCCAGUUCCACUUCAACAAUGGGAAGCACAUGAUCAGCAGCUCUGUCAUCUCGCUGACCGUGCAGCCCGACUCCCCGGUCAAGAUAGCUCCCCAGCAAGACCCCACCAUCCCUUCGGUUUCGAACCAGGCCAAGACCUCUUCUCGAAACCUACUGAAGUACCUCAAGCUCGACCUCACCGAUCGGUUCGGGAACAACACGGCAGCGAACCUGACGGGCACGUUGACGCUGCAGAUCAUUUCUCCCGACCCCGCCGUGACCGAGAUUCCUCACUUUGAAGGGAAUGUAAACUCCUACCAAGUGCCUAUCUGCAAAGGGUCUGCGGUUGUCCAGAACCUGCAAAUUCAGGAGAACACCGAAGGAGUAGAUGGCUUCCAGUACAUCUUGCGGUUCACGCCGUCGUUCCCCAAGUCGCAAGUGAAGACGGCCUUACCUCACUACGAAGUGCCCUUCCUCUUCUACAAUGAUGCAUCAAAGCAAGAAGAGAUGGCGAAGCUCACGAAGAAGCGAACUGAACUGCUGAAGCAGUUGCAGACAUUCGAGGACCUCUUCCAGACAACAAAAAAUAUUUACACCGAGUUAGAAGCCGUGAUACGUGAUGCGCAGACGGAAGAAUCAAAGUUCAGGGGAGAGCUGAGGAGGAUAGGGUUCAACAGCAAUUCUAUCCGAGAGGAACAACAUGUGGGGCCAGCAAUCAAGACGUGCGAGGUGCAGAGGCAGGCCCUGGACAACAAGAACAAGAGGGCAUUCAUGCCGGCAGCUUACCCCGAAGAACCCGACGUGCUCGGCAAGAUUGGUCAUCUUGCCUGGGUAGAAGAGGACGACGUGGCAGCUGUGUUGUCGUGGCACAUGAGGGGAGACAUCGACGUUGUGGUGACAAACACCAUGGAAAAGGCAAAAGAUGUCUACCGAAAAACUAACGGGAAGCAGCAGGUCGUUGCAGUCGACUCCAUUCGCAGGCGGAAUCUGCCCAGUCUACUCCCUCACAUGAGGAACAAGUCUUUCGUCCCCACGGGAAACCCCAAGUUUGCCCUGGACUACUUCAUGUUCCAGAAAGAUCCGGAAGUGUGCCGAUCUGUGUUUGCAAACUUCAUUGGCGACGCAAUCGUACUGGACACGCUGGACGACGCCACCAAGUACAGGACGGAGGUGACCAAGUUCUCCGCGUGCCCGACGCUGCUGGCCCGGACGGGGGAGCGCAUUGCGAGCACGGGCAAGUUUGGAGGUGCCCAGAACAGGGCGCCCUCCCUGGCCCAGCUGCAGGGCAACGUGUUUGGGGAGCCCCCCGUCAAGGACGUCGAUCGCAUCCAGGAGCAGAUACAGCUGCUCAAGAAACUGGCGGUGUCGAUGAAGAAGCAGAAGGAUGCCAAGACGGAGCUGGACAAGCAGAAGCAGAAGGACACGACCUUCACGCUGAAGAAGAAGGACUACGAGGCGCUGAAGAAGGAGCUGGCCGGGGUGGAGGACGCCAUUGGCCGCAUGUCGGCCUACGGCCAGGAGGAGGAGCGGCGCAGCCUGCUCGUCCCGGACCUAGUCAGGAACUCGCCCCGCAGGCAGGGCCCCUCCACGCCCGUCGCCAAGUACCCGGCCUCCCCGAGGACCACGCCGAAUGACGCGGGGGUGAACGGCGUCUCGCGGAGGGGCCGCUCCACGCCGGCGCCCCCCACACCCCCGAGCGAGCGAAAGCGGAGGAGAGUGACGUAGCGACCCUCCAUCAUUCCGGCAGGAGAGCACCGCAAAGUCAUUGACAUCGCCCUUCCCCAUCUCAUCUGGCUUCACCAUCUCGGGUUUCUCCCGCUCGUUUCUUCGGUCUUCCUCUCGAAGAGAGCGAAGUCCCACCGUUUGCCAGCUUCGGACCCGGCCACCGCCCAAGACGACGGGAAGACCGAAGGCUCGAUUGCGAGGACCUUGGGGAGAAUGAAUUCGAUAACGAUUUUACCAUUGCUCUAUUGUUUUGUCCUAGUUGAAGUGGCAUAUUUCCCACUCGCGUUGCAGCCCCGACGCUUCUUUUCGUACGUUUGAAGGAGGGCGGGAACGUUGGGCGGCAGCUUUACGAGAGUCGCGAAGCGUAAUGUAAAUAGGCUAAGGGUGACACUGCGAAUAUGCACCGCAACAAACGGCAAGAGUACGCACCCUUGCUACAGUGUCGCCAAUACUCGCGUAGUAUGUGGAAUUAGUGUCGACCACGUUGCCCGGAACGGCACGCUGACCUCGCACGUUUUUAAAAUGGGCUCAUCCCCAUACCCGUGAUGGUUAAUGCCGAGUGUUGUUGAACACACUUAGGGACGGUUUUGUUAAAUGCUGCACAUGCCAGUCUUGUGUGAAGGAAAUGGCGUCAUUUGUCUUUUGGUCUGUCGGUGGUUUUUGUUCCUGGAUCUGUCGGAGUAAAUUCCAGUGUGUUAAUUUGCCUGCAUAAGAACACGAGUCGUACAGACUCUAUUUGGUGUUGCUCCGAGGCGGCAGCAUUGCCAAUGACCGUUGAGGUACCGAAGAGUUUAGUGCUGUCCACGUUUAAAAGAAAGCAUUGGAAGAACUACUGCAGUCUUUGCAGUCCAUCGACCAGUAGACUCCAUAUGGGCGUGGGACUUCUUAGUUUCUAUUCCGUUUUAACUAGUACAACACAGCAUUCCUUUGUGAGAUGUAAUGACUAUCUUGGGAGUAGAGUAGUUUUUAUUGCGCUUUCUUGAACGGCCCCUUUCAACAUACACACACACACACGUUUGACAGUUUCUGUCAAAGGGACUUCCCCUGUGGAACUUGUAUUCACCUUUAUUAGUAAGGGACGGUGCUUAUAUUGAAACAGCAAUGUCAGUCAUUUCUAUACUUAGAUUUUGAAGAAUGCCUGGGCUUAUGGAGUGUCCUUUUGGUUUUGUUUUCUUCUCAUUUUUUUAUUUCAAACUUCCAUAGUUGUAGCAUUUCACUAAGCCAUCAUAUUCAUUACGCAUCGCUCCAUCCUGCUAUCACCUCAUUAAAGGCACUCCAUUUGCCGAUGUGCCCCAUUAAGGAACUAUUUUUCCGAAGUUUCCUUUUCAAGUAUGAGUUUUACCCUUGCUGCACGCUACAUCUGAAAAUCGUUCCUGAGUAGUGGAAACAGCCCACUCUCAUUUGGAGAUAUCCCAUUGUGUUUUCAGGCUCCACAUUUGUUUGGAACAUGUGGAAGAAAUCACAUGUUAUUUGCUUGGGAAUUAAUCUGCAUUAAUUUUUGUAGCAUUCAAGUGCUAGGCAAUGAAAUCGAGUGUUUCCUGGAAAUAUAUCAAUUAUCGUAGAGUGUUGUCAUGCUCUUCAAACAAUAACUAGCUACAGAGGUGGCUGGAAGGGGCAAGGGUGUUUUUUGUUUUUUUUUUGUCUUGUAAAUAUCCAUUCAUCUGUGAGCCCUAAAUGCAGGAGGUGGAUCUUUUUGUAGGGACUUUGUAAAUUUGAGACUGCAGCGCCGUGCAUAGCUCUGAAGUCGGCCGUAGCCUAAGCCUGCCUUGUGGAUGUUAGUUUGGGUCCUGCUUUUUCAUGUUAGCAAAACCUGUGGGCCAUUGUUGCACAGAGAAAACACACUUUACCACAUGUUGUACCAUCUUUUAUUUUCUUAGUGUGUGCAUAACAACAUGCUUCCUUUGAUGUGGAUGUUUCAUGUUAGAGUCCUCAGCUUCCAUGGUUUUCUCUACAUUUUAUUAAGCAAAGCUGGAAAUGUGUCUCUCUGCUUUGAACGAAUGAUAAUAAAUAAGUUUAAAAAGUGAA